AUGGCAACAGCUUUAGCUGGUGAUGAUCUUGCACGAUCAGUCAGCAGCGGGAGGAGAUUGGCUGCGUCUGCCUCCGAACCGGUUUUCGAAAUACAGUUGGUUAAAUUAUCAACAAUGGCAACAGCUUUAGCUGGUGAUGAUCUUGCACGAUCAGUCAGCAGCGGGGGGAGAUUGGCUGCGUCUGCCUCCGGCAGCAGCCGCAGCUUCCGGGAGGCGUGGCAGGAUCAACCUGAUGUGUUCAGCCGCAGCAGACGGCAGGAUGAUGAGGAGGAGCUCUUGUGGACCGCCAUUGAGCGGCUGCCCACGUAUGAUAGGCUCCGAAAAAGCGUUUUAACGCAAGUUUUGGAAAAUGGGAAGGUUAAAGCAGAUGAAGUUGACGUGAAGAAGCUUGGUGUGGAUGAGAAGAAGCAACUGAUGGAUAGCAUUCUUGAGGUUGUUGAGGAAGACAAUGAAAGGUUUCUUAAAAGACUCAGGCAACGAACUGACAAGGUGGGGAUUGAGACACCGAAAAUCGAAGUAAGGUAUGAGCAUCUUUCUGUGGAAGGAGAUGUUUAUGUUGGGAGUAGAGCACUGCCCACUUUAUUGAAUGCUACAGUGAACACAAUUGAGGACAUUUUGGGACUAAUUUGGCUUGCCCCUAAUAAGAAGAGAAAAACUCAGAUACUAAAAGAUGUAAUCGGAAUCGUCAAACCAACCAGGAUGACACUACUUUUAGGUCCACCAGGAGCAGGCAAAACAACAUUCCUGCUUGCACUUGCUGGAAAGCUUGACGAUAAUCUUCGAAAAUCCGGAAAGAUUACUUACUGUGGGCAUGAACUGCACGAAUUUGUUCCUCAAAGAACAUGUGCUUACAUCAGUCAACAUGAUCUUCAUCACGGGGAAAUGACAGUGAGGGAGACCUUUGAUUUCUCGGGUCGAAGUUUGGGGGUUGGAACAAGAUAUAACAUUUUGGAAGAACUCUCGAGGCGAGAGAAAGAAGCAGGGAUUAAACCUGAUACUGAAAUUGAUACGUUCAUGAAAGCCACAUCAAUUUCAGGGCAAAAGACUAGUUUAGUCACAGACUACGUUCUCAAGAUACUCGGAUUAGAUAUUUGUGCCGAUGUUAUGGUUGGCGAUGAUAUGACAAGGGGUAUUUCAGGAGGACAAAAGAAACGUGUGACUACUGGAGAAAUGUUGGUCGGGCCAGCUAAAGCUCUUUUUAUGGACGAAAUAUCGACUGGAUUGGACAGUUCGACCACUUUUCAGAUUGUCAAGUACAUGAGGCAAAUGGUUCACAUCAUGGAUGUAACCAUGAUUAUUUCUCUUUUGCAACCAGCCCCAGAGACCUAUGAUCUUUUCGAUGACAUUAUCUUGCUGGCAGAAGGUCAAAUUGCGUAUCAAGGUCCAAGAGAGAAUGUGCUUGAGUUCUUCGAAUACAUGGGAUUCAAGUGCCCUGAACGGAAAGGAGUCGCUGAUUUUCUUCAAGAAGUGACGUCGAAGAAGGACCAAGAACAAUAUUGGUUCCAAAAAGACAAACCAUAUAAAUAUAUCUCAGUUUCAGAAUUUGUAGAAACCUUCAACUCUUUCCACAUUGGUCAAAAGCUUGCUGGAGAACUUAAUGUUCCUUAUGAUAAAUCCAAAGCCCAUCCAGCUGCUUUGGUGAAAGAGAAGUAUGGAAUCUCAAAUUGGGAACUAUUUCGGGCGUGCUUUUCAAGGGAAUGGCUGUUGAUGACCCGUAGUUCUUUCCUAUACAUAUUCAAGACUGCCCAAAUAACACUUAUGGCAAUUAUAGCCUUCACAGUUUUCUUCAGGACAAAGAUGCCUCAUGGACAAUUAACCGAUGGAGGGAAAUUCUUUGGAGCCCUUUUCUUCAGUCUUAUUAAUGUGAUGUUUAAUGGGAUGGCUGAACUUUCAAUGACAGUCUUUAGGCUUCCUGUCUUCUAUAAACAAAGAGAUUUCUUGUUCUACCCAGCAUGGGCUUUUGGAUUGCCAAUUUGGAUCCUUAGGAUCCCCCUAUCUUUCAUGGAAUCUGCACUUUGGAUCAUUUUUACGUAUUACACAAUUGGAUUCGCUCCAGCUGCUGGAAGGUUCUUUCGGCAAUUCUUGACAUUCUUCAGUAUACAUCAAAUGGCCCUUGGUCUAUUCCGAUUCAUUGCCGCAGUUGGAAGAACUCAGGUUGUCGCAGGCACGUUGGGGACCUUCACUUUGCUGGUAGUGUUCGUGCUUGGUGGUUUCAUAGUAGCCAAAGAUGACCUCAAGCCAUGGUUGAAAUGGGCCUAUUAUGCUUCUCCUAUGAGUUAUGGCCAGAAUGCAAUAGUCAUGAAUGAAUUUCUUGACAAAAGAUGGAGUACACCAAAUAUAGACCCCCGAUUCAGUGCACCUACGGUCGGAAAAGUCCUCCUCCAGUCUAGGAGCUUCUACACAGAAGAUUAUAUGUUUUGGGUUUGCCUUGGAGCACUCUUUGGCUUUUCAAUUCUCUUUAACAUUCUAUUUAUUGCAGCUUUGACUUUCUUAAAUCCUUUAAGUGAUUCAAACACUAUUGUAUUGGAUGAAAAUGAGAGCAAAAAGAGGAAAAAGAAGAAGUCAAGUGGAAAAAAUGUGACAGGAGCAACUGAAGGUGUUGAUAAGGAAGUGAAACACGCUUCAACCAGUUCAAACUCGACUGCUGACUCUGCUGAUCAUGCAACUAAAAAAGGAAUGGUCUUGCCCUUCCAGCCUCUUUCACUUGCUUUCAAUCAUAUAAACUACUUUGUCGACAUCCCUGGUGAAAUGAAAGCUCAAGGGAUUGAAGGUGAUCGUCUCCACCUAUUACGAGAUGUCAGUGGAAGUUUCAGACCAGGGGUAUUAACAGCACUUGUUGGUGUUAGUGGUGCCGGAAAGACAACCUUAAUGGAUGUCUUAGCAGGACGAAAGACUGAAGGUUACAUUGAAGGAACUAUAAGCAUUUCGGGUUACCCAAAGAAUCAGGAAACAUUUGCAAGGAUUAGUGGAUACUGCGAACAGAACGAUAUCCAUUCACCUCAUGUUACAGUUUAUGAAUCCGUGUUGUACUCUGCAUGGCUGCGUCUUCCUUCAGAUGUGAAAAAGAACACUCGCGAGAUGUUUGUAGAAGAAGUAAUGGAAUUGGUUGAGCUAAACCCGAUAAGAAAUUCGUUAGUAGGACUUCCUGGAGUUGAUGGACUCUCGACUGAACAGAGGAAGAGGCUAACAAUUGCAGUCGAGUUGGUUGCAAACCCGUCCAUCAUCUUCCUGGAUGAACCAACAUCUGGUCUUGAUGCUAGAGCUGCGGCCAUAGUUAUGCGUACAGUGAGAAAUACAGUGGAUACAGGCAGAACUGUCGUCUGCACAAUUCACCAACCAAGCAUAGAUAUUUUCGAAGCUUUUGAUGAAGCUAUUCCUGGGGUUCCUAAGAUUAAAGAAGGGUAUAAUCCAGCUACCUGGAUGCUGGAAAUCAGCGCUCCAGUAGUUGAAGGUCAUCUUGGAGUCGAUUUUGCAGAUAUUUAUGCCAAUUCAUCCCUUUAUAAGAGUAAUCAAGAACUUGUGAAAGAACUGAGUUCCCCACCACCAGGUUCAAAGGACCUCUAUUUCCCAACGAAGUACUCUCAACCCUUUCUUACUCAGUGCAAAGCUUGUUUCUGGAAGCAGUAUUGGGGUUAUUGGAGGAAUCCACAGUAUAACGCUAUUCGUAUUUUCACUACAAUUGUCAUUGGAAUUAUAUUUGGUGUCAUAUUUUGGAACAAGGGACCGAAGAUCCAAAAACAACAAGAUCUUCAGAACCUUUUGGGAGCGAUAUACUCUGCUGUUCUCUUCUUAGGAGCCACAAAUGGUACUUCUGUGCAAAGUGUCGUUUCUAUAGAGAGAACGGUGUUCUAUCGCGAAAGAGCAGCAGGAAUGUAUUCACCAUUGCCUUAUGCUUUUGCUCAGGUGGCAGUCGAGAUAAUCUACGUAGUAGUGCAAACUUUUAUCUACACCGUUCUGCUCUUCACGAUGAUUGGAUUUGAGAUGAAAGCUGUGAAAUUCCUCUGGUUCUACUAUUUCAUCUGCAUGUGCUUCAUCUACUUCACUCUGUAUGGGAUGAUGUUCAUCGCGCUUACCCCAGGUCUCCAAAUUGGUUCCAUUACAGCAUCUUUCUUCCUCAGCUUUUGGAACUUGUUCUCCGGUUUCCUCAUUCCUAGGACGCAAAUCCCGACAUGGUGGAGGUGGUACUACUGGGGUUCGCCCGUGGCCUGGACAAUUAACGGGCUUGUGACAUCUCAAGUUGGUGAUAAAUCUACACCGCUUGAUGUACCUGGAGCUGGUACUACAACAGUAAAGGCAUAUCUGAAAGCAACAUUGGGCUAUGAACAUGAUUUUCUACCAGUUGUUGCAGUAAUGCACUUAGUUUUUGUGGUUUUAUUUUUGUUUGUUUUUGCAUUUGGCAUUAAAUUCCUCAACUUCCAGAGGAGGUGA